CGUCCAGUAACGUCUGUAUGUACCAUGUCAGACUUGCAGUUCAUUCGUAUACCCUUCUUCUAAUAAAACGCGGUCCUUCAAAGCAUCUCAUCAGAUAAGUACCGAAUCUGUGUCCUGCAGACGUCACUUUAGGAUCUUCAUCCUGAGAAGCACAACGGCCCUCCAUGGUAAACAGGAAGAGGAGAUGCCUGAUAUUAAAGAAGAAGAACAAGAAGAUGAAAUCACCACGUUUGCAUUGACUGUCAGUGUGAAGAGCGAAGAACAUGAAGGUCCAAGCCAAGACCAGGCAACAAAAGACGUCCCUGAAGAAGAUCUUCACCCUGAGAAGCAUGAUCCGCCUGACAUCAAACAGGAGGAGGAGCCGGAGAUACCGCACAUUAAAGAAGAACAACAGGAAGAUGGAGUCACCACAUUUCCAAUUACUGUCACUCUGAAGAGCGAAGAAGAUGAAGGUCCAAGCCAAGAGAGCAUCGCGACGAAACCUUCGAAUGCCCUGUCAACAAAAGAUGAGGGACAAUCACAACUGAACGGCCUGUUAUCUCCACUCUCGGACAGCGACGACGUAACAUCGCACUCUUCGGACACUGAGACUAGUGAGAAGGGUGUUGACAUUGACCAAAAGUGUUCGAAAUCCUCAAACAAGUUGUCAUUGAAAAGAGAUGCCAAAGAAUGCACCGCUGGGAAACCUUUUGCCUGCUCACUUAGCGAUAAAAGCUAUUUCGAUAAACACGCUUUGAAGAAACACAAAAGGACUCACGCUCAAGAGGAGCUUUUUAGAUUCACCAAGGAGAUAGCCAGAAAACAUACCGGGGAGAAACCUUUUGCUUGUGCGGUUUGCGAUAAAAGAUUCAAUCGGAAAGCGCUGUUAAAGAUACACACAAGGAGACACACUGGAGAAAAGCCGUUUCCCUGCUCUGUUUGUGGUAAAAGAUUCCCUCAGAAGGCAGAGGUAAUCAGGCACGCAAGAACACACAGCGGAGAGAAGCCUUUUGCCUGCUCAGUUUGCAAAAUAAGAUUUUCUAUGAAACAGUCGUUGAAGAUACACAUGUGCAUGCACACUGGAGAAAAGCCUUUUCCCUGCUCAGUUUGUGGUCAAAGAUUCACCAAGAAGGUAGAAUUAAACAAUCACGCAACACAACACACUGGGGAGAAACCUUUUGCCUGCACUGUUUGUGGUAAAAGAUUUUCUUGGAGUCAACAGUUAAAGAUACACGCAAGAGCGCACACUGGAGAAAAGCCUUUUGCCUGCACAUUUUGUGGCAAAAGUUUCACCACAAAGGGAAAUUUAAACAUUCACACAAGAACACACACUGGGGAGAAGCCUUUUGCCUGCUCUCUUUGCAAUAAAAGAUUUUGUCUGAAGCAACAAUUAACAAGACACACGCGUACACACACUGGAGAAAAGCCUUUUGCCUGCGCAUGUUGUGGUAAAAGAUUCGCCCAGAAGGGAGAAUUAAGCAAUCACGCAAGAACACACACCGGGGAGAAACCUUACAUGUGUACGGUUUGCGGUAAAACCUUCUCCUUAAAGGGAAACCUAUCAAAACACACAAAAACCCACACUAUGGAGAAACCUCUUCCCUGAGCGGUUUGCGAUAAAUAUUUGCUCACAAGGGACAUUUAAAAUCGCACACGAGAAGCCAUGAGAACCCUAAAAACCUUUCAAUGGAGAACCAAAGCUGGUAGCAAUAAACUCAUUCCAAUUCACAACAGAAGUAUGAAAAUAGCUUGUUUUUCUGUUUAUUACAUUACAACCCCAGUAAAUCACAAAUAAAUUAUUGAAAAAUCAUACAAUGUGCGCUAUGGAUUUUUUUUUUUUUUAGAUUAUGUCUCUGAGUGGAAAUGCAUCUAUGAUUGAAAUUUCAGACCUCUACCUAUUUUCUGAGUGGGGAACUUGCAUAAUCACAAGGGGAGCAAAUACUUUUGCUCCUCACUGUAUACCUAUAUAUCUUGGGCACUGUACUACCCUUUAGUAAAAUUUAGCUGUCUAAAAUUCAGUAUAAUGCAUAGUUAAUCUAUUUUGACUUCCAUCAUUUUUCAAUUACUUUCUCUAAAUCUCAAAUUUUAAGAUGCAUAAAAUUGAUUAUUCCAACAUUGUUACAAUAUUCACCUGAAAAUGUUGUCUACUAGUUUUUCAUGCCUGUCAACCCGAGGCCGUUGGCAAUCUUACAACUAGUGACGUAUGCCCUUACAAAUUGGUGACUAAUCUUACAACGUCGUAUUUUGUGUGCAAUAUGAAACAAAAAUAAAACUAUAAAUUCUAAAAUAAUAUGAAUUUAUUGGUAAUAUUGUAACAUAUUACCUGGUUCAAUCAAAGAACAAUAUCUUC